AUGAAUGCAAAAAGUAAGACUUAUUUCCCUUUGCUCCAGCCUGCAGCAUUGAUAUUGCCAUAGGAUUUGAUUUUUCCCAAAGAACCAGAGCUAGUGAGAUGCUGAUGCGCAUCAGCAACCUCCAGACCUUCCUGCCAGACAUUGUCCAUUCCAUUUCGGAAGUAAAAGGCCUGUGCUGCCUCUUGGCAAGUAACGGAAAAGAUUUCCUUUCUGUCGGGACCAACAUCUCCUUCCAUGUAGUAGAUGAUGGAGGACGUAUAUUGUAUGAUACAGACUUUGAACCCUACAACGAGGCAGUCGUGCAAAAAGUCCUGACACUACGGAUUUCAGAAUCUACAGCCUUUAACACUGCCCUGCUGAACUCCUUCAAGGAGAGGUUCAAGACUAAAUCUGGAGCUGGUGUAAAG